GGCAGACCUUCAGACAAAACCUGAAGCUCUUUCUGUUAUAUUCACCAUCGGCAGCCAACAUUCUACAGAAAGAAAAUGAUGGUUUUUGAAAAAGUCUUGUUUUUAACUGUCUCGUUUCUGUUUAUUGAAGCAAGUGUUGUUAUAUAUAUCAUAAAUUAUCCAGAAGGAACGAUCCCACCACAAUUACCUGGAUUGAAUGGUCCAGCAAGCAUAUCCCCAAGUGUUGCAUAUCCGCACAUGGCAAGUGUAAAUUAUUCAGAAGACAGAACUAAAAUCCCACCACAAUAUCCUGGAUUGAAUGUUCCUCCAAACCAAGGGGUGGCAUUCGGUAUCGCAAGCGUUCCCAAUUUUCCUUGUCCUGGAAACCAAAUAAGAGACGUACAAGGAAGCUGCAGAGAGUUUUUCAAUUAGUAUCUACAGCAUCAUUUUGUAAUAUAUUUAGUAUCUACAUAUUUUGUAAUACAUUAUGUAAGAGCAACUGUAUUUUUUUUUCAUC